AUGCAAUUCAUAACCCUCGAAGAGCACUACAUCUCCCCGGCCGUCCGCGCCUUAGCACCCUCCGACCCCUUCGCCGCCUUCCCAACCCCAACCAUCCAAAAGCUCGAAUCCCUCUCAAACGAAAGACUCGACGACAUGGACGCUGGCAACGUCGCCAUCCAGGUCCUCUCCCACGUACCAGGAACCUAUAGCCCGGCGGUAUGCACAAAGACGAACAACAGGCUCGCAUCCGCGAUAGCAAGGAACCCCUCACGGUUCGCUGGCUUCGCACUGCUACCGAUGGGUGAUCCGGAAGCCGCAGCAGCAGAGCUGGAGCGGUGCGUGGCGGAGCACGGGUUUAUGGGCGCUCUUUUGGAUAACCACAUCGAGGGGCGAUUCUACGACGGGGUGGAGUUCCGGUGUGUUUUCGGGAAGGCACAGGAGCUAGGUGUGCCGUUGUAUAUCCAUCCUGCGUGGGCGACUGAGGAGAUGGUGGAGCAUUAUAAGGGCAAUUAUGGGCAGGAGGUCGCUGUGGCAAUGAGUGCUUAUGGGUGGGGGUGGCAUUCUGAGACGGCGGUCCAUAUGCUGCGGCUUUAUGCGAGUGGGUUGUUUGAUGAGUUUCCGAAGUUGAAGAUUGUGCUGGGACAUAUGGGUGAGAUGUUGCCGUUUCAGCUGGAGAGAAUUAUUAGGGUUGCUGGGCGGUGGGGGUUGAAAAGGGGGUUUGCAGAGGUUUGGGAUGAGAACCUUUGGAUUACGACUAGUGGCAUGUUUGAUCUUGCGCCUUUGGCUUGUUUGUUGAGGACGACGAGGAUUGAAAGGGUGCUUUAUUCUGUUGAUUAUCCGUUUUCGGAUAAUCGGACGGGAGAGAAGUUCUUUGAAAGGGUGAAGGAGAGUGGAUUGAUAAGCGGGGAGGAUUUGGAGAAAUUUGCGCAUGGAAAUGCGGAAGCUUUGCUAGGCGUUGCUGUUAGGAAGUAG